AAGUGGAAUACUCACGGAUGUUGGCGCUUCCGUUCAGUCAAUCGACACGCGUAAUAGCAGCACGUCGUCAGUCUCUCCAGUCCAUUUCAGGGAACGUCAAUCAUGAAAAUAUUCGCUGCUUCGAUCGUGAUCCUUAGUCUACUGAGUACAGUGACUGCAGACUGUGACGCCGCCACCGACGCUGCGGCAAACUGCAUAGAUAACAUCAAAUCUGUGUCUCCGUUCAAGGAUAUUGCACCGGGCACUGUUAGAGGAAGGACAAAGAAUCUACUCAAAUGCUGCGCCAUGGAGUACAUCGAAGACUGCUUAAACCAGAACCUCGUAGGUGAAUGCUCUCACGUGAAGGAUGCAGCCUUGGCCGAUGCUAGACGCACCUUCCGAGAAAAGCUCGGCGCCAUGUCUUGCAGGACGGAACGCUAUGGCGACGAAUGCCUGACGUUGACGCCUGCUGGCUACAACUAGGUGCCUUCCUCAGCAGUACCAACUCCGGCUACUCACGGCUGAGCAAAGAUACUCAUGUAGAGUCUCGAAGUAAAAUAAUUCUUGCGUUGA